AUGGGUGGUGGUGUGGGUGAUGGGUUUGUGUAUGUUUGGGGUGAGCUUUUUAUUGACAAGAGAGGAAGGGAGAGUGAAACCGCACCCACCACCAUCACCACCGCUGCCACCGCCACUCCUUGCCCAACAUCUACUAAUACCACCAAAACUCACUCUGCUCGCAAAUGUAAAGGAAAAGGUGGACCCGACAACAACAAAUUUAGGUACCGUGGUGUGAGGCAGCGAAGCUGGGGCAAAUGGGUCGCUGAGAUCCGAGAGCCUCGCAAGCGAACCCGAAAGUGGCUCGGCACCUUCGCCACCGCCGAGGACGCCGCUCGAGCCUACGACCGCGCAGCUAUCAUCCUCUACGGCUCUAGGGCUCAGCUCAAUUUACAACCCUCCGCCGCCUCUUCUUCCCACUCUUCCGCCUCUCGGGCUUCUACGCCUUCUUCUUCUUCUCAAACCCUUCGUCCCUUGCUUCCCCGCCCCUCUGGCCUUAGCUUCGCCUUUUCUUCUGCCGCCACAUCGGGUUUCUUACCCUACGGGGUUUACCCCAAUAAUACUAAUUAUAUCCCGCAAAUGAUAUGCCCGGUGAAUAAUAAUGUGGCGCAACAGCAUCGUCAAGUGGUGCAACUUCCACAGAAAUCGCAUCGCCACUCCCCAGAAUCUGAUGGAAAUAUUGUCGAGAACUCCAACACGGCAGCCUCGUACCAGGAUCAGCUGGUGCAGCAGCAUCAGAAUUGCAUGCACGACGAUAUUAGUUCUCUCGUGAGUUCGGAUGGGUCAGGUUUGUGUGCCUCGCAGACACAGACUGUAGUUGCACCUGCGGAUCCGUGGCCGCUGACGAAUGAGGAAGAGUACACACCAAGUCUAUGGGACUACUAUAACGAUCCUUUCUUCUUUGAUUUUUAA